GAUCCCCUGCCCUCUUUGGAGGGCCUAUGUCUGUAGGGUGUGUAAUGGACUACAUCACAGAUGAGGAAACUCCGGCACACAGAGAUGAAGUGACUUGUCCGGCUAGUAAGAGGCAAGGUCAGGACCUCAACUGAGAUCUGACUCCACAGUGUGUGCUCUUAUUCCUUGGGCAGCAACACUAGAACAAGAUCGGGUUUGGCACCUAUUAGCCAACAGCAUCAACAAGAACAAAAACAAGCCUUAGGGGGGAGAUUGCUGGCCCUGCGCCAGGGCAGGUGCUGACGCAGGCUUGGAAUGAAGGCCCUUUGUGAGGUGGCCCUGGGAGCCGGCAACGGGUUCCGUCCUGCCAGGAUAGGGACGACAGGAGCCAGGACCCGUGUAGGAGAUGGUUCUCGCGAUGCUAGAGGCUCAGCACCCCCGGGUUGGGCUCAGCCUCUUCCUCCACCUCAUCCUGGCAGUGGCAUUGCUUCGCUCCCAGCCUCUGAGGUCUCAGCGGUCUGUUCCUGAGGCAUUUUCCGCCCCCCUGGAACUCUCACAGCCACUUUCCGGCCUGGUGGAUGACUAUGGCAUCCUCCCCAAGCACCCAUGGCCGCAAGGGCCUCGACCCCUCCUGUCUAGGGCCCAGCAGCGCAAGCGGGACGGGCCCGACCUUGCCGAGUAUUACUACGAUGCACACCUAUGAGCCAAGGCCCUC